AAUUUAACUACAAUCUACCUCGCUCAACAUACUCCUACGGGAACAUCUGUCACAGUACGACUCACAGAUUUGGAUGACUGUUCUGAUGAACACAUCAAAUUCUUACAGAAUGAAGUGGCUAUGUCUUCAUUUUUUUUCGGCAUCCUAACAUUUUGCUUUCCUGGAAGAUGUUUACUGUGGGGACCUGGCUUUGGGUUAUUAACCCUUUCAUGGCAUAUGGGUCUGCUAGCAGCCUCAUGAAGAGCUAUUAUCCUGAAGGAAUGAAUGAAGCUUUAAUAGGAAACAUUUUGUAUGAAACACUACAAGGAUUACAUUAUUUGCACCAAAAUGGAUAUAUUCACAGGAGCGUGAAAGGCAGCCAUAUCCUGAUCUCAGAUGAAGGUUUUGUUUCUCUUUCUGGGCUUGGUCAUCUCUACAGUAUGGUCCGAAGUGGUGAAAGAGCUAAGGUGGCAUAUGAUUUUCCUAAUUUUAGCACUGCAAUGCUGCCUUGGUUAAGUCCUGAGCUAUUAAGGCAGGACCUUUAUGGGUACAAUGUGAAGUCAGACAUCUACAGUGUUGGAAUCACUGCUUGUGAAUUAGCUACUGGGCGUGUUCCAUUCAUGGACAUGCACCGCACUCAGAUGCUGCUACAAAAGCUGAAAGGUCCACCUGAGAAUCCUCUUUAUGGUACUUUUCCUGGUGAACAGUCCCCCAUGAAGAUCUCCCGGUCUGGAGUAGAUUCAGGAAUAGGAGAAAGUGUAGUUGCUGCAAGCAUGACUCAGACGAUGACUAGUGAAAGGCUGAGGACUCCAUCCCCAAGAACAUUUUCACCUGCCUUGCAGAACUUAGUGGAGAUUUGCCUGCAACAGGAUCCUGAGAAAAGACCAUCAGCUGGCAUGUUGCUGUCUCAUCCAUUUUUUAAACAGGUAAGAGAGCAGACACAUGGCUCUGCACUGUCACUAUUGCCCUCUCUGGCACAGGAACGGAAACACAGCUCAUCUAAGCCAUUUCUGCAAAGCUGGAAAAAAUCCUACAGUAAAGCUACAGAGGAAAAUAAAGAAUGGACAUUUCACUAA